AUGUAUAAAAAAGAAAAACAAAACAAAACAGCUGAUAAUUUCUUUAUUUGCCAGGCGACAAGUCAGUCGAAUUCUGCUCGAAUCAUUCGAGCGUUUGCUUGUGAAAUAUCGUUCGUUACUUGCAGAAUGAAGGAGAUAAAAUACUACAGUCUAGAAGAGGUGAAAAAACAUAACAGUAAGGGCGAUUACUGGGUUGUCAUCGAUGGUGGAGUUUACGAUUUGGGUCGUUGGGCUCCGCAUCACCCCGGCGGAGAGCUUCCGAUACGCUAUAUGGCCGGUCACGAUAGUACAGACGUUUUCCGAGCCUUCCACUUGCCUUGGGUAGCUGAAAGGAAAUUGCCCGCGUUCAAAAUCGGUGAAGUGAAAGACCAAUGUGAACAGACAGUGAAGGAGUCCAGUCUGAUCAAAGACUUUCAAAAAGUACGGGAUGAAAUUGAGCAAUGUCUUGACACAAACUAUUGGUUCUAUGCUGGGCAUGCAGUCAACUUGGGUGCUAUAUUUACUUUGCUUGUGUAUGGUGUUGUCUUCAGCAACAAUGUUUACAUACAAAUGGCCUCUUCUGUGCUUGUGGCGCUGUUUUGGCACCAAAUGGCAUUUAUUGGACAUGACAUUGGUCAUACUGCCAUCACUCAUGACUUGAAGACGGAUAGCUCGAUCGGCAUAUUUGUUGGCAACAUGACAACUGGUAUCAGCAUCGGAUGGUGGAAGAAAAGCCAUAAUGCUCAUCACAUUGUGACAAACUCAGUGGAGUUUGACCCAGACAUACAACAUCUUCCAGUGCUAGCCAUUACUGACAAGUUUUUCAAGUCAGUAAGGUCCAUGUAUCAUGAGAAAGUCCUUUAUUUUGAUGGACUGGCAAGGUUCUUUGUUUCCUAUCAGCACUGGCUGUAUUACAUAAUAAUGGGUGUUGCAAGGUACAACUUGUACCUACAGAGCUUUCUUUUAGUGUUUUCCUUACCGAAAGGACGUAAUAAAACCCUUGAAUUACUUGGAUUGGUAUUCUUUUGGACAUGGUACAUUUACUUGUGCUCAUAUCUGCCCAGUUGGCCUGCUCUGUUUGUCUUUGUUUCUGUGGCCCACUUCCUUGCAGGGCUCCUUCAUAUUCAGAUAACUCUGAGCCACUUCUCUAUGGAAACUUAUCAUGGUCAUCCCCUGGACGCUUUCAAGAGCAAUCAGUUCCUUCUUUCCCAGCUGGCAACUACUAUGGACAUUGAAUGUUAUCCUUGGCUGGACUUUGUCCAUGGUGGCCUGCAGUUUCAAAUUGAGCAUCAUCUAUUUCCAAGGCUACCUCGUCACAAGCUGCGUGAUGCCAAGGUGAAAAUUCAGGAGUUAUGUAAAAAGCAUAACAUCCCCUACAGAUCUAAGACUUUCUGGGAGGCAAAUAUAGAAAUCAUCCAGAAACUCAAGGAGACAGCUGCAAAAGCACAGUGUAUCUCUCCCAUCAUCUGGGAAGGAAUUCAUGCAAUUGGUUAGACCUUAAAUCCAUUAUGUGAGGUGUUAUUUGAUGAUAAAGAGAAUAGCUCGGUGGAAUAAAAUCCACUAUUGUAGUUGAAGGUAUUCAGUUUGCUUCUUGCUGUAUUUAAUUAUUUUGAUGAAAGGGUACAGCUAUGUAUGUUUUUUCUUAUCCUGUUUUUACAACAUUAUUGUUCAAGUUUCUAUGAAGUCAGUUGUAUCAGCAAGUCAGUUAUCUGAUAUUUAUGCCUAGUUUGAAAAAUUCCAAAGUGAAAUGUUAGACUGUGGACUGAGAAUUUGGGAAUUUAUAAAUACACUUGUCAGUCCCUCUCAGUUGUCCUUGUGAAAUCUCUGCAGUGAUUAGAGGUGUCUUUUUUUUGGUGGGGGGAGGGGGGGUGUCAAUUAUCUCAUUUCACAGAGGGAGGGACUGAAACAAAAUUGUAGCUUUUAGGGAUGAGGUCAAGGGGGUGGGGAUGGGUUAUACCCAGAUUUAGGGAGUGGUAGAGAGUUAAAAGAUUGCCAACAUAAAUUGUAGAAGAUAGAAGGCAAUGUUAACUAUAUAAACAUGUGUGUCAGGGUUAGUGGGUUGGUGGGUUGGUUAGAUUUGUUUAUAAUGGAUGUGCAACUUACUAUUCAGCAAAUUUUGUUGCAGAAAGUCUCAAACUUUCAGAGUAACCCCUGGAGAGUAAGGUCUUAAGACAAUGCAACACUUAGAACUACUGUCCACAGUAGUGCUAUUCCAGUUUCUUAUAUUUUUCUAUUCAAUAUUGUGAUAUUAAGUUAACAGGAUGGUUAAGGGGUUACUAUGAUUUUAGAGAUAAGACUAAAUCUACAAAAGAUACCUAGAUUGUUGUUUUGCAGAUCAUUUGUUCAUAAAUUGUGAUUCACAGAUACUGACCCCUUCCUGUUCUCUGUAAGACUUUUAUGAAGAGUUUAAGGUCUCAUUACAAGAUUGAGUUUGAAUCUAGAAUGUAAUUUUUAGAGAGUAAUUGAAUAGCUCUGAAAACCUGUCAUGAUAAAAGUUGUGAUUGGAAGCAAAUUCUUCUGGAGAUGAUCAUCAAGAAGUCAGUAACAAAAAAACAAAGAAACAAAAUUAGGGUUCUUGUCACCAGUUUUUAGGAGCUCAAAACUGUAAGUUAUGUGUCCAACAGAGUGCAGCUCAGUUAAUUCAUUUCAAUGGAGUUGCUAACAUUGCAAAUGUUUGGACUUGAGUCAAGAAAACUGGAUUAAGUACAUGAAGAUGAGGCCCUCACCCUCUAUAAUCACAAAACCUCUCCUUUUCCAAUCCCUUUUACUCUCAAGAUUCAAAUAGCUUUUUUCGCAGUGUCUGCUGUACAUUUGUUAUGAUUAUAGCCCAAUUUGAUACUUGAUCAAAUACGAUACGACCUUAAUUUUUUCUGUUUCUAUACAACACCUUUAAACCUUAAAAUACAUUCAUUUAGUUUGAGUCAAAAAAAGGGCAAGAAAAGCUACGAAGGUUUCUUUUGACAGUGUAGAGGAUGACUUUUUACCAUCUCUUGCCAUAAAAGAAUAAGAAGAGGCAAUGUGUUUUCAGGCUAAGGCCUGUUAGGUCAGUACUGAAAUGUUAAAAAAGAAAAAGGAAAGUUAAAAAAGUUCACUUUUGCAGUUUCACAGUUUUUGUCUUACUGUAUUUUUUUGAAUCAAAACUCUAAUCAAGAUGUAUCUUGUUUCAUACAAUUCAUCCAAGGAAGUUUACUGGAAAUUAUCAUGUUCUACAUAUUUUAAACCAGUUUUCUUGGCUUGAGUGUCAAUUUUUUCUGGGCCAUGUUGUCAAAGUUAAUAUUUUGGACUGUUGCUGAUAAUAUUUAAUUGUUGGUUGACUGAGCAAAAUAUAUUUAAAAUAUUUAGACAAAUUUAUUGUUUAAGAUACUGAGACAAAUUUAUUCAAAUUAUAUAAAAUAAAUUAUAUAUUUGAAAAGACAUACUAAAUUACAAUUUUGACUUAUGUUUCAAGGUACCUUACUGGUUUUUAGGGAUGAAGACAAAACUGCCAGUUAUUAAGUUAUGUCUUAUGUCUGUUUGGCGAUACUUAGUUUAUAGCAAAGUAUUUGUUGUUUUGGGCUGUAUGAAUCCAUAGCAAAUUUUGGUUGAGAUUUUCAGUGGCAUACAGUAUUUAUAAAACUAUGAAAGCAACUUUUCAUAGCUGUAGAUUAUUAGAUAUACUGGCAGUUUAUUAAAUGUUCUUGUU